AUGGCUUCUGCGGAAGCUGAUUCCCGCCUUAUUAACAGCGUUCUAGUCCCAGCCCUAGAGAAAAUCAUCAAGAACAGCUCCUGGCGCAAACACUCCAAACUCGGAAAUGAAUGCAAAUCGUUGCUUGAACGCAUUACUUCUGCUGAAAAGCCCCCUCCGCUAUCUCCUACUUCCCCUAAAUCAGAGGAAAAUCAAUCAAACGUGGAGCCGGUAUCACAUUCAGAACUGCCCGGCGUGCUACACGAUUCUGGAUCCAGUGAACAAAGUCUAGCUGAAUCAGAACUUAUUUUAAGUCCUUUCAUCAAGGCUUGCUCUUCGGGAGAUCUCAAGAUCGCUGAGCCUGCGUUAGAUUGUAUACAGAAAUUGAUAGCUUAUGGAUACUUACGUGGUGAAUCGGAUCCUAGUGGUGGACCCGACGCAAAGCUGUUGUCGACACUGAUCGAAUCGGUUUGUAAAUGUUGUGAUUUGGGAGAUGAGGGAGUGGAGUUGCUGUUGUUGAAAACAAUUUUAUCAGCUGUGACGUCCAUACAGUUGAGGAUACAUGGUGAUAGUUUAUUGCAGAUUGUGAGGACUAGUUAUGAUAUUUAUCUAAGUAGCAAGAAUGUGGUUAAUCAGACGACGGCGAAGGCUUCGUUGAUUCAGAUGCUUGUAAUUGUGUUUAGGAGGAUGGAGGCGGAUUCCUCAACAGUGCCAGUGCAGCCGAUAGUGGUGGCCGAGUUGAUGGAGCCUGCUGAGAAGGGGGAAGACGGUGAUGGGUCGAUGACAAUGUUUGUUCAAGGGUUUAUUAGCAAGGUUAUGCAGGAAAUAGAUGGGGUUUUGAAUCAGGGAACUCCGGUAGGAUCCAAUGGUGGGGCUCAUGAUGGGGCGUUUGAGACAAGGGCCUCGACUACGGAGUCAACAAAUCCUGCUGAUCUGUUAGAUUCUACUGAUAAGGAUAUGUUGGAUGCCAAAUAUUGGGAAAUGAGCAUGUAUAAAACAGCAUUGGAGGGACGGAAAGGUGAGUUGGCAGAUGGGGAGGGGGAGAGGGAUGAUGAUUUGGAUGUGCAGAUUGGGAAUAAGCUGAGAAGGGAUGCCUUUUUGGUGUUUAGGGCUCUAUGUAAGCUAUCGAUGAAGACCCCUCCAAAAGAGGCAUUGGCAGAUCCACAGUUGAUGCGAGGGAAAAUUGUUGCGUUGGAGUUGCUCAAGAUUUUGUUGGAGAAUGCUGGGGCUAUUUUUAGAACUAGUGAAAGAUUUUUGGGUGCCAUUAGGCAGUAUCUAUGCCUGUCUUUGUUGAAGAACAGUGCAUCUACACUUGUGAUUGUAUUUCAGCUCUCCUGUUCAAUCUUCUUUAGCUUGGUUUCAAGAUUCAGAGCUGGAUUGAAAGCAGAAAUUGGAGUGUUCUUUCCCAUGAUUGUUCUUAGGGUUCUAGAAAAUGUUGCUCAACCUAAUUUCCAGCAGAAGAUGAUUGUACUGCGAUUUUUUGAAAGGCUGUGUGUUGAUUCACAGAUCUUGGUAGAUAUAUUCAUCAACUAUGAUUGUGAUGUCAAUUCAUCUAACAUAUUUGAGAGGACAGUAAAUGGACUUCUUAAAACGGCUCAAGGUGUCCUGCCUGGGGUUGCGACUACCCUUUUGCCACCCCAGGAUGCAGCCUUGAAACAUGAAGCAAUGAAGUGCUUAGUGGCUAUUUUAAAAUCAAUGGGGGAUUGGAUGAACAAACAGUUGCACAUUCCUGAUCCUCAUUCAGAAAAGAAAUUUGAGUUUGUCGAGAACAAUUCGGAAAUGGGAGAUUCUCCCAUGGAAAAUGGGAAUGCAAAUGAGAAUGAGCCUGUUGAUGGGCUGGAUUCUCAUUCCGAAGCCUCUAAUGAAGUUUCAGAUGCUUCAACAAUUGAGCAGCGCCGGGCUUACAAGCUUGAACUUCAGGAAGGUAUCUCUCUUUUUAAUAGGAAACCUAAAAAAGGCAUCGAAUUCUUGAUCAACGUGAAUAAAGUGGGGAAUUCGCCUGAAGAAAUAGCAGAUUUCUUAAAGAAUGCUUCUGGUUUGAACAAGAGUUUGAUUGGUGAUUACCUUGGGGAAAGAGAAGAUCUAUCGCUGAAAGUAAUGCAUGCUUAUGUUGAUUCCUUUGACUUUAAAGGUAUGGAUUUUGAUGAGGCAAUCAGAUCCUUUCUACGAGGAUUUAGAUUGCCUGGUGAGGCACAGAAGAUUGAUCGAAUUAUGGAAAAAUUUGCUGAACGUUACUGCAAAUGCAAUCCUAAGGCAUUCAUUAGUGCUGAUACAGCCUAUGUCCUUGCCUACUCUGUUAUACUGCUCAAUACUGAUGCUCAUAAUCCCAUGGUUAAGAAUAAGAUGUCAGCUGAUGAUUUUAUAAGAAAUAAUCGUGGCAUAGAUGAUGGAAAAGAUUUGCCCGCAGAGUACCUAAGAUCAUUGUAUGCACGAAUAUCAAAAAAUGAAAUUAAAAUGAAAGAAGAUGAUCUAGCCCUUCAACAGAGGCAGUCUGCAAAUUCAAACAGGAUUUUGGGUUUAGACAGUAUCCUAAACAUUGUGGUGCGCAAGAGAGCUGAUGAAAGUAAUACGAGCGAUGAUCUUAUGCAACACAUGCAAGAACAGUUUAAAGAGAAGGCACAAAAAUCUGAGUCAGUUUAUUAUGCUGCAACAGAUGUCUUUAUACUCAGAUUCAUGGUAGAGGUAUGCUGGGCUCCUAUGCUUGCUGCCUUUAGUGUUCCUCUUGAUCAAAGUGACGAUGACAUAGUAAUUGCUCAAUGUCUGGAAGGCUUCCGGUAUGCAGUACAUGUUACAGCAGCAAUGUCCAUGAAGACUCAUCGAGAUGCUUUUGUGACGUCGCUUGCAAAGUUUACCUGCCUUCAUUCACCAGCAGAUAUUAAACAAAAGAAUAUAGAGGCCAUCAAGGCAAUGGUUACAAUUGCAUAUGAAGAUGGGAAUUACCUACAGGAGGCCUGGGAGCAUAUUUUGACUUGUGUUUCUCGAUUUGAGCACUUGCAUUUGUUGGGAGAGGGGGCUCCUCCAGAUGCCACAUUCUUUGCUGUUAAUCAGAAUGAAUCUAACAAAUCACAGCCAAAAUCAAAUAUCCUUCCUGUUCUUAGGAAAAAGGGAGCUGGUAGGAUUCAUCAGGUAGCUGCAGCUAUGAGAAGAGGUUCAUAUGAUAGUGCUGGCAUUGGCGGCAAUGCUUCUGCUGGUAUUACAUCAGAACAGGUGAACAAUUUGGUCUCCAACUUAAGCAUGUUGGAACAAGUUGGAGAAAUGAAUCGUAUAUUCACAAGGAGUCAGAAACUAAACAGCGAGGCUAUAAUAGACUUUGUGAAGGCACUUUGUAAGGUGUCUAUGGAGGAGUUACGUUCUACAUCUGACCCGAGAGUAUUCAGCCUCACAAAAAUAGUUGAGAUUGCCCACUACAACAUGAACCGCAUCAGGCUCGUGUGGACAAGCAUCUGGAAUGUACUCUCUGAUUUUUUUGUGACCAUAGGCUGUUCUGAGAACUUGUCAAUUGCAAUAUUUGCCAUGGACUCUUUACGCCAACUAUCUAUGAAGUUUUUAGAGCGAGAAGAGUUGUCUAAUUACAAUUUUCAGAAUGAUUUUAUGAAGCCUUUUGUGAUUGUCAUGCGCAAGAGUAGCGCUGUGGAAAUUAGAGAAUUGAUAAUCCGAUGUGUUUCUCAAAUGGUUUUAUCACGUGUGAAUAAUGUCAAGUCCGGAUGGAAAAGCAUGUUCAUGGUCUUCACGGCAGCAGCUUCUGAUGACCACAAAAGCAUUGUACUUCUCGCCUUUGAAAUAAUUGAGAAGAUAGUUCGAGAUUAUUUCCCAUACAUUACAGAGACAGAAACCACAACUUUUACAGAUUGUGUAAAUUGUCUAAUCGCAUUCACCAAUAACAGAUCUGACAAAGAUAUUAGUCUCAGUGCUAUCAGUUUCUUGCGUUUCUGUGCGGCCAAACUCGCUGAAGGAGAUCUAGGAUCCUCCUCAAUAUACAAGGACAAGGAAUCUUCUGAAAAGAUUUCCCCUUCUCCACGUCAGCAAGGAAAAGAUGGGAAUUAUGAGCGUGGAGGGUUGGCAGAUAAGGAAGAUCAUUUAUACUUCUGGUUUCCAUUAUUGGCUGGAUUGUCUGAACUUAGCUUUGACCCGAGGCCUGAGAUUAGGAAGAGUGCCCUUCAAGUACUCUUUGAUACAUUAAGGAACUAUGGCGGUCACUUCUCUCUGCCACUGUGGGAAAGGGUGUUUGACUCGGCCCUCUUUCCCAUCUUUGAUUAUGUCCGCCAUGCUUAUGAUCCUUCUGGUGAGGGCCAACUGCAACAAGGGGUCGAUGUUGAUGUGGACGAGCUUGAUCAAGACUCUUGGCUGUAUGAGACAUGCACUCUUGCCCUCCAGUUGGUUAUGGAUCUUUUUGUCAACUUCUAUGACACCCUUAAUCCGCUUCUGGAGAAGGUUCUGUUGUUAUUAGUAAGUUUUAUCAAACGUCCUCACCAAAGCCUUGCUGGUAUUGGUAUUGCUGCAUUUGUUCGUUUGAUGAGCAGUGCUGGAGAAUUCUUUACUGACGAUAAAUGGCUUGAAGUGGUUUUGUCCCUUAAGGAAGCAGCUAAUGCAACACUUCCCUAUUUCUCAUUCAUUCUCAAUAAAGAUGGUAUGAACUUGAAGUAUGAAGAUGUUUCAACAAGACAAAGUAAUGGGGACUCUGCUGAAUCUAGUAUGCAGGAUGACAAUUUGGAGAAUCUGCAGAAGAAUCGUGUAUAUGCUGCCAUUUCCGAUGCCAAAUGCCAUGCUGCAGUUCAGCUUUUACUGAUCCAGGCAAUAACGGAGAUCUACAACAUGUAUAGACCUCAUCUAUCAGCAAACAACACCAUGGUUCUAUUCGAUGCAGUGCAUGGAGUCGCAACUCAUGCUCACAAGAUAAAUGUCGAUACCACAUUACGCGCCAAGCUACAAGAAUUCGGACCCAUGACACAAAUGCAGGAUCCGCCAUUACUACGUCUCGAGAACGAAUCCUACCAAAUCUGCCUAACAUUUAUCCAGAAUCUUGCACUUGAUAAACCUCCGUUUUACGAGCAAUCUAAAGUGGAAUCGACCCUGGUUACCCUUUCCCAAGAAGUACUGAAAUUCUACGUCGAAAUAGCGCUUACGAACGAACCGUCUUCCGGGGUCCACCCCCGGUGGUCGAUACCCUUAGGGUCUGGUAAAAAGAGGGAACUGGCGGCUCGUGCUCCACUUAUCGUUGUAACUCUACAGGCCGUAUGUAGUUUGGGUGAUUCUUCGUUUGAGAAGAACCUAGGUGGCUAUUUCCCGCUGAUAUCGAGCUUGAUUAGGUGUGAACAUGGGUCGAGUGAUGUUCAAGUGGCUCUUAGCGAGAUGCUCGGGUCUGCGGUUGGACCUGUUUUGCUACGGUCGUGUUGAUAACGGUAUCUUUAAACUCUGUGUGUGUGUGUGUGUUUUGUUUUAAUAAUUUGUUUGUUAUUGAUGCCACUUGUUUGUUAGUGUUGAAAAUAUAAUAGCAGCAGCUUUAGCGAGGGCCAUUUAGAAGUGAAUAAAUAUGAUCAAAGGAGAAUUUUGUUUGUAUCUUUGUAACACAAAAUUGCUUAUCUUUUCAUUUGAUAUACAAAGGUUUUU